CGAACAGCCUGUUAAUAUUUUAUUUUCGAGUGAUGGAUACAUUUAAGGAAAAGAGGAUUCUUGUGACUGGAGGUUCUCAAGGAAUUGGAAAAGGCAUUGUCAUUGAACUAUGGAGACUUGGCGCCAACGUAGUGACAAUUUCAAAUCAGCCCGACGAACUACAAAAGCUCAAGUCAUUAUACCCCACAAUUGAAACGGCAUGCGUCGAUCUAUGCGACUGGGUCGCGACAAGGAAAGCCGUGGAGUCGCUCGGCGUGUUCGACGGCUUGGUCAAUAAUGCUGGUGUCGCUAUUAUAGAGCCAUUUCUCGAAUGCACAGCAACUAGCUUCGAUAGAACGAUGUCAAUAAACGUUCGGGCCAUUCUAAACGUUAGUCAAGUUGUAGCACAGAAAAUGAUACAACACAAAAUAAAGGGCUCAAUUGUUAACAUAUCAUCGAAGGCUUCAAUGGCAGCCCUACCAAAUCACGUCGCCUACUGCGCUUCAAAGAGCGCCGUCGACUCAAUGACGCGUGUGAUGUCCCUGGAACUGGGUCAGCACGGGAUCCGCGUGAGCACCGUCAACCCUACCGCGGUGAUGUCGGAGCUGGGGCGCCGCGUGUGGGCCGACCCCGUCAAGGCGGGCAACUUGCUCGCUAAAAUACCAUUGGGAAGGUUUGGCGAGGUGGAGGAGGUGGUGAAUACAGUGCUAUUCCUGCUCAGCAGCCGAGCCACUAUGAUCACCGGCGUUCAGUUGCCGGUGGAUGGAGGAUUCUUAGCGACAUAAACUCAUUUGCAUUUUAAAUCCAAUUUAAUUGUAGGAGCCUAUAGAUAGCUACCUUGUUUUCGUAACGUAGUGGCACCAAUGACCGACAGGGAACCAGUAACACACUUCUGUUCUUUAUCUAUGAAAAUAAUAAAUGGACACCGAUCUCCCAAUACGGCAACACUGUGCAGCUAUUGCAGUGUUGCCACAUUAAGAAAUCGGAUUCCUAUCCUUAUUUUGUCGGUUACUGGUUCCCCAGUUCAGUGGUUAAUAAAAUAAGCAGUUUGUUU